AUGUCAGAGUACAACAAGAAGCUGCGGGAAUCGUAUCUUUCUGGCCGCAUAGCUGAAGAAAGAGUGAAAAUGCAAGAACAGAACAUCUACUCGUUUGAUAAGCUGGCUGGGGUCGAUGCGCAGAAAAAAGAAAUACUGGAAUCGCUAAAAAUGCCGUUGGAGUUUUCUAAAUUCUACGAGUAUGUCGGGGUAGAAGCCGUGGUGGGCCUAAUAGUGCAGGGACCCUGUGGGUGCGGAAAAACAGCCUUUGCGUACGCAGCUGCCAAGGAGGCUAAGCUCCCCAUUUUUCCCAUCACCAGAAACGAUUUUAUCGGAAAAGGAACUCCCCCCGAAGACAAUGCAGAGGCUAUCCUGGCCAAAGCCCAGUCGCAUGCUCCAUCCAUCUUGCUGAUAGACGAUAUAGACAGAUUUUGCAUGAAAAGAGAAAGCUUGGACAACGAGUCAGAUAAAAGAGUGGUUCUUAGAGUGGUGGAAUUUAUAAGCAAUCUUCCUAAACAGAUAGUAGUUAUUGCAACGGCUACUUCAGUAGAUGAUGUGGAUCCUAUUCUAAGGAGAUCAGGCAGACUGGAAAAAGAGAUCAAGCUGAUGGUGCCUACAGAGGGAGAGAGAACGCAGAUAAUAAAAAAGCUGUUCUCCUUCACAGUCAAUGAAGGUCUUGAUUAUCAGGAGAUUACCAAGCUAACACCCGGGUAUGUUGGUGCUGACAUUAAGCUCCUUGUAACAGAGGCAGGACACUCGGCUGUCAGAAGGUUUGUAGAAAAUCGAACAAAAUCACUAAAAUUUGCAGAAAACAAAGAAACCUUUUCCAGCGGUCCUGUAAUCACACAAGAUGAUGUAGCAGCAGCUUUGGGCAGAGUCCAGCCGGUUGCAAAGAAGGAAGGGUUUACCACAGCUUCAAAUAUCUCGCUAGAUGACGUAGGAGCGAUGCACCACAUAAAAAAAGUGCUGGAAAUGGCGAUCAUACAGCCCUCACUGUACCCUGAGAGAUUUUUAAAGGUGGGGAUACAGAGGCCAGCAGGUGUACUUCUAUACGGGCCCCCGGGAACAGGAAAAACCAUGCUUGCGCGGGCUGUUUCAAACAAAACCCACUGCAACUUCAUAUCCGUUAAAGGCCCAGAGCUCAUCAGCAUGUACUACGGUGAAAGUGAAAGAGCCAUACGAAAACUCUUUGCAAGAGCAAAAGCAUCGCAGCCCUGCGUUAUAUUCUUUGAUGAAAUAGACUCAAUCUGCAGAAGAAGAGAUGCAGGCGCAAAUAAGUUCGGAGAUACUCUAGUGAAUCAGCUGCUGAUAGAGAUGGACGGUCUAGAAGGACGAGGAGCGGUGUAUGUACUCGGUGCGACCAAUAGAAUAGAUAUUAUAGACAGGGCGCUGCUAAGGCCUGGUCGUUUUGACAAUAUAAUCGAAGUACUUCCCCCAACACCCGAAGAAUUAGUGGAGAUACUGUCUAAAAAACUGUCUAAAUUAGCGGUGGACUGUGCAAUUAACCUGAAUGAGCUAUAUUUAGAGGGCCUUACAGGCGCUGAGAUAGAUCUCCUUAUCAGAGAGGCAGGUAACAUAUGCCUGCAGACAACUCCCAUUGCAGACGACCCAGUUAUCACACAGAUGCAUCUGGAGAGCGCUCUAGAGAAGCUUAGAGAGAAACAGCACGCAAUUCAAAAAUAA